CUCUCAUGGUCAUCUCACAUAAAAAAGCCUUUGCUUUUAUAUCCCAGACCAAAAAGAUGAAAUGGGUACCAAGAGAAGGUUCAAGAAGACCACCUAUGCUUCAAACCUAAAUCUAAAGCUCCUCUUCUUCUCUCUUCUCUCCCUCUCUCUCUUCCUUCUACUCCUUAGGCUCUUCAUCUCUUCAUUUCUCCUCUUAAACACUCCUCAAGAUCACAUCAACUGUCUUCAACUUCAAGAUGAUGUCCCAGAGGAUCAAAAGGAUCCAAACCCAUCACCUGCAAGUCAAUCCCCACCACUACCACCAUCACAGCUCAUGCUACUUGUUCAUGAAGUACUCAAAGAUAAGGAGAUAACCAAUAUUGGAUUGGUAAACUUUACAGAAGAAGAAAGAGAAGAAUGGGAUCCUUUAGGUGAGACUAGUUUAAUAAGUUUUGAUCCAGUUAAAGAGGAGGUAAGAUGGGAAGAUUUGUUCCCUGAAUGGAUCAACGAAGAGAGAUGGCCAUUACCAAGAUGCCCGGAAAUCCCAAUUCCGCCGGCGGCAGCGUUCGAUGGCGAAUUGGACAUGGUGGUCUCCAGGGUUCCAUGUGGAAGCUUUGAGGAGAAGAAAGGUGUGAGGGAUGUGAAAAGGCUACAAGUGAAUCUAGUGGUUGCUAAUUUGGUAGUGAGGAAUGGUAUGAGAAGAGACGCCGCCACUGGCGGCGGUGGCGGCGGUUACCGGCCUGUAUACGCCGUGUUUAUUGGAUCUUGUGAGCCUAUGUGGGAGAUCUUUAGGUGUGAUGAUCUAUUGAGACAUGAAGGAGAGUUGUGGAUUUACAAACCUGAGUUGCAGAAAUUGAAAGAGAAGGUGGAAAUGCCUGUGGGGACUUGUAGACUUGCUAUUCCUUACGUCAAACAAGGUGAUGGAAGAAUAAGGUAUGAGUUCUCAAAACUUGGGAAUCCAAUAAACCGCCAAAAAGAAGCCUAUGUGACAAUGCUCCAUUCUUCAGAGGCAUAUGUCUGUGGUGCCAUAGCACUAGCCCAAAGCAUAAUCCUUACCAAAUCCGCCAAAGAUCUAGUCCUACUUGCAGACAAAACCAUAACCAAGAAAAGCAAGAGAGCCCUCAUAGCUGCAGGAUGGAAGAUAAAGGACAUUGAACGAAUUCGAAGUCCAUAUGCAAAGAAAGAUGCUUACAAUGAAUGGAACUACAGUAAGCUUAGAAUGUGGCAACUCACAGAGUAUGAUAAGGUCAUCUUCAUAGAUUCUGAUCUUAUUGUACUCAAGAACAUGGAUAAUUUCUUCAGAAAUUCGCAAUUAUCGGCUGUUGGCAAUGACAAUGUAUUCUUCAACUCUGGUGUAAUGGUGAUUGAACCCUCACAGUGUAUGUUUGAGAAGCUAAUGAAGAAGAGACACACCUUAGCUUCUUAUAAUGGAGGAGACCAAGGCUUCCUUAAUGAAGCCUUUACAUGGUGGCAUAGAUGGCCAAAGACAUUGAAUUACCUAAAGAUUUUCAAUCAGGCGAAUGAGACUGAACGCGAAAUCCCGAAAUCUGUAUAUGCCAUUCACUAUUUAGGUUUGAAGCCAUGGAUGUGUUAUAGAGACUAUGACUGUAAUUGGGAUGUCUUGGAUCACCAUCUUUAUGCUAGUGACUUAGCUCAUAGGAGGUGGUGGCAAGUUUAUGAUGCCAUUCCUAAGAGGUUGAGGGGAUUUUGUGGGCUCUCUAGCUUUAUGGAUUCAAAUCUAAUGAUGCAAAGAGCUUGGGCAAAGAAUGCUAAGUUGCCUGAUGGGCAUUGGAAGAUCAAGGUAAAGGAUCCGAGGCGGCGCCAUCGAUCAUCUUAAUUUAAAACUAGAUAAACUUAUUGAUUUAGUUCUAGUUUUUGGAGAUGGGUAUGGUGGAGAACCUGUAAAGUUUUAAUUUUCUGUUGCAAGGUUGUUUUAAGACUUGAAAAAAAUAAUGACAUCAAGGGAAGGAAAGGAAGGUGGGGGGGGAUUCUGCUUACUACUUGGUGUCAACCCUUGGAUGCCCAAGAGUUUGCACUGGUUUUGUGCUUCUGUCCAAGUCCAAGAGAAUGGAUUCUAGGCUAAAGCAGUUGAGGGAGAUGGAAAAGAAUGAAAGUUUUAGGGCUGGACAUUGGAGAUCAGAGUCAAGGAUUCUAGAUAGGGUUUAGAAACAAACCAGGAAUCUGUAGAAAUUGGCAAGAAAAAUAACCUCCUAAACCCUAGUUUAGCUCGAUCCCGAAAAAUGAUUUUUCAAACCCUGAUUCUAGACAACAUUUACCUUUGUAUUUGUAUCCUGUACUAGAGAUGAUAUUCAAGUUCUUGUUGCGUUCAUAUCUAUUGUAAAGAUCUACAGCAUUGUACACGAAUUUGAUGAAUAAAAUUAUUGUUUUUAGAA